GGAAGGUCGUGCCAGGGUUACGGGCAGGAGAUCGCGUCCGUCAAACAAACGAGUCUGUCGUGUCAUUACAUGUGCGAUCCACCGGGAGAUUAGUCGUCAGCAUCUUGUGUCUCUGCUGUAGAUGAGAAAUCUAGCUAGUGCUGUACCGUCGCUAGCCUGGUGUUUUCAACGUGCAUCACGGAGUAGUGAAACACGACCGUACGGCGGUACGACACUCACUCAGUUCGAAACGGGCAGAUGCAGGGAUUGAGCCCAGGAACCCCGGGUGCCGCAGCGCGAGCGUUCGGUGCGCGUGCUCCGAGCUGUGGUACCACAACACGCUCGUUUGCCGAUCUCCCCCAUCGCGUCCGUCACCGCUCGUCUUGAUCGGUACUCAGCAAAACUGACGGCGAAGAAGAAGAGCGCAGUAUGUGGCUCGCGGCGGCGGACACGAAAGUAUGGGGGCCAUCUGCGGGCCUCUUGGGCGGCCGGCCGAAUGGUAUGGCCGAUGAGCGGAAGCGCAGGGGUGCUCCGUCGGGCACGAGACCCCAGACGUCCCAACAACAACAACGACAGGCCCCGGACGCCCGCGGUAUCCUCAAACCGGUGGGGAGCUUCGAGCGCAGGCAGAGCCACCAAAGCCUGAAGUUUGACGAGAUGAACGUCCUCCAAACGCUGCAUCCUCCGGGCAAGGACUACGGCCAUAUGAAGAUAGACGAGGCCAAGACGCCCUACAGCUAUGACAUAGCGGACGACCGGCCGGCCGUUGACCCCGCUCUGCUGGCCGAGAGGAUCCAGAUGGGCAGCACAGUGCCUGCCAAGGCCCUCAAGACCCCGGACCCGAGUCAGGAUACGGACAAGGACAUGGAGGAGAGGAACAGGCAGUUCGAGCUACGAAGGAAACUUCAUUACAACGAGGGCAACGCGCUCAAGAGAGGCAGCCAGAGGGUAGAAGACGACGACGAGGAUGACGAUGACUAGGGCAGCCCUGCCCUCUCCCUACUUCAACGCCAGCGUCCCCCAGUGCUGCAGGAGGCGUUGUCCGGACUUCCCUCCUUGCAGCACGGUUCCCGGCAGCGAGAAAAAAUUCCUCCUCCCCUCCCCUCGCCAACGCAUCGUGCUGCCAUCAGACUCUUUGCAGACGGGAAAAGCCCAGUGACCGAUCGUUCCCCGCCGCCGCCUCUCGUCAUCUUCCGCUCCGAGACAUUCUUCCAAACUUUAUUUAUUUCUGACCGACGACCCGCGUCGCGAGACCGCGUAUGCGGCGCUAAUCUCUUACGUCUGCGAUGCCGGUUCCUAUUUUAACGGGUCCUCUUACGUUUUUUUUAUUCUUUUCGGAUGCCGAAACGGGGCCGGAACUCGCAGAGUUUGCUGGCAUGGAAAUGCAAGCCUAGCCCAGCGCUUUCAACCCCUCUUGAAAUUCGGUGCCUCGCCGGGACGCCAAGUUCCGACCGCAUCUUCUUCGAACUAAGGAGACGUCUCCCGAAUUUACCCGUUAUAACUGCUUUGAUUGUCGUAAAUCUACCGUACCUUGUCCACGUUUUUUUAUUUUUUUUCCUCUCGAAGAGUGUUGCUUGGGUCUUUUCUAGAAAACCUCUUUGGUCGCAAGGAGUGGCUCGAAGUCAAGUUUAUUGAGGGUAGAACCGAAGUCGCAGACAGUAUUCUGCAGGAUAGUUUUUAUGUGGCAAGGGCUAUGUCGUUUCUGUAGAUUUGAAUCGAGGCUCGGCUGGAGAGCAGUAGCAAGGAACACGUCUCCGACGUCGCGCUCCUAAGUUCGCCACCGCCGUACACUGGAGAAAAGUUUAGAGAGCGAACGUUGGACAGGGCGCCUCUGCGCAUGGCUCGACGUCGCCGAAAUCGUGUGCCAUUCGUUUUUUUUUUCUUUUUCUGCUGCGCAUGAAGAUACUCCCACGGUAUUGUCGAGAGUCACGCGACCGCCGUAGGCUCGAAGAUUGCCAGCCAGUUGCGUCGUCGUCGUUUCUUUCGUUUGCCACCUCGAUCUCCCGGACAUUUUUUUUUAUUUUUCCUUUUAAUUUCAGUAGGGCGUAGUCUUCCAGAAACGAGUGCAAAAGAGCGCCUUGGUGAGAUACUAAAUCGGUGCGGAUGCGCUUUUGUACAUACUGUAUAGCAAAACUCUCUUGGCCGUGGAGUUGAGGACUGUGCAUGCGAUUCUGCCCGAACAAAUGGAAAGAAGAAAUAAAAAAAAAAGAAAAGAAGUUCUCAACAACUGGCAA